AUGUGCCAUCUGCCAUAUGCUGGAGUUGAAACUUCUGGAGUUGAAGUGGCUGGAGCAAGUCGAACUACUGAAAUUCAUCAUGGUUCUUCUGGUGAAGGUGAUAACACUACAGCAAAUCACAAUAAUGAGAGUGGUAUUCUGCAAACCCUUGAAGCUUCCAACCAAAAUCAGAAUUUGAAUGCAGCUGAAGGCUUUGGUAACCUUCAGGAUACAUCAAUCAAAGGCAAAGCUUCUGUCCCUAAGAGAAGACAUGGUCAAACAAUGGGUAAGGGACUUAUGAAAGCAUUUGAUGCCUCUGGAAAGAAAUUGAAGAUAGACGUGGAUCCACUGACAGGUCGGCCCAAAAGUCGAGAGCAAUCUGCAAAGCUCUCAAGUCAAAUUGGUGUAGUAUCUCGAGAUGUCCUUAGAGUGCCAAGAAAAUGGAAAGAAAUGGCUGAAGAAAAAUUUUUGGAACCAGGCAUCGAUCAUAUAAAGAUUCAUAUGGAUGUUAACUUGGAUGCACCGGGUGUGAGGCACUGCUUGGUUGAUAGGAUGAAAUCUAGUUCUCGACAAGUUCGUCACAGGUUGCAUAAGCAUUACAAGAAGUAUGCAACCCUACAAGAGGCUAAGAAUAAUAAGCCACCAUUUUGUGCUAGUAAAGAAAAUUGGGACGAACUCUGUGAUUAUUUUGCAUCAGCUAAGUUCAAGCAUCAAAGUUCAAUUAACUCUAUGAAUCGACAAAUGUUAAGGACCCCGCAUAUAUCUGGCAGAACUCAUUUUUCUACACUUCAACAUGAAAUUGCUCAGAAGAAUGCUGCUAAUGGGGAUGCUAAUGGAGAUGCUAAUGGAGAUGCUAAUGGUGAUGCUGGUGAUGCUGAGGCAAAAGAAAAUUGGGAGUUGAUGGUAUCGAGGCGAGAAAAAUAUAUACCAGAAGGAGCUCAUAAGACGAAUCAAGAAAUUGUUCACGAGGUGCUUGGUCCAAGAUUUACUUAUCUGAAGGGACUUGGUUAUCAGACAAAUCAGUUAAACAAAGGCAUUUUUGCUCCAGCCAACCAAAGUCUUCAAAAGGAAAAAGAGCUUCAAGAAACUAGAGAAAAACUAAAAGCGUCAGAAUCACAAGUGAGUGAGCUCAAGGAAGAAGUUAGUGGCUUGAAGAACUUAUUGGGCCAACAAGGUGCAGAUAUUGAAAAGCUUAAGGCAUUCAUGGCUUCCAAAGAAAAUACUUGA